CUGGAGAUAAAGAUGAACGUGGAGAGCGCUUGGCAUGGUCUGGAGUAAAAGCUUGGCGAUGUGAUGGGUACUAAAGAGAGAGAUCAAUCCAUGGGUAAGCUGAGCCUAACCGUCAGAUGAUUGAAUCCACGAUGAUCCCAUCAUGCAUGGAGCCAGAUAUUGGUCUUCCCGCAAGGAGUAUGCAUUCAUGACUCGGACUACUGUCCUCUUCCCGUUUUGCAAUCCAUGGGUCAUCUGUUCCACGAGAACUUCCAUGCCCUUGAAUAGGAAAUAGGCCCCCCAAGCGUCACCACCAUCAGUCCUUACAACCUCAUCCCGAGGUUGACGAUCGGCAGCCACCCCAGCGACAAGGAUGGAGAGGAAACUUUGCGGGGCCCCUCCUUAGCAGUAUUUUGGGCGCAGGGCCUUGAAUCCUUCUAUUUUGAGCUUUGUCGGAGAUUUAAAUCGGAGAUCUCUCUCACCCCCUCGCCUUUUGAAAAGAAUUUCCUUUUUUCUUUCCCCCGAGCUUCCCCCUGUUCCAGUCUCAUCUUCUUGUACAAAACUCAUCCAUUGCUUUCAGUCGUCUCUUGUGCUGCCUAGCUGGCUUCUUUCACCAUGGAGGCAGAAGCUCAUGAAAAGCCUCCUGGUGGCAACCACGCUCCAUCGCCGGACAACGAUGAGAUGGAACACCUGAGUAUAGGAAGAUAUCUCUGGACGAGACUGCCGACGCUGAUACCACCGAUGAAUCCCGCCCCUAAUCCAUUUAAGGCGCUUGCUCUUCUCAAUAGACAACAAUGGCUUUUCUUCUUGGUCGCGUUUCUAGGCUGGUCGUGGGACGCAUUUGACUUUUUCACGGUUUCUCUAACAACUUCUCAAUUGGCAGAGGCCUUCGAUAAAUCCGUUUCCGACAUCACCUGGGGAAUUACCCUCGUACUCAUGCUUCGAUCCGUGGGAGCCAUCACCUUCGGAAUUGCCUCCGAUCGCUGGGGUCGGAAGUGGCCGUUUGUUGUCAAUAACGUCCUCUUUAUCGUGUUGGAGUUAGGUACUGGCUUUUGCCAGACCUAUAAGCAGUUCUUAGCUUGCCGCGCUCUCUUUGGGAUUGCCAUGGGUGGUCUUUAUGGAAAUGCAGCAGCAACAGCGCUCGAGGAUUGUCCCUUGGAAGCGCGAGGUAUCGUGUCUGGCCUGCUCCAGCAGGGGUAUGCAUUCGGUUACCUGCUGGCCACUGCAUUUGCACGGGGAUUGGUCGAUACCACUUCUCAUGGAUGGAGACCGCUGUACUGGUUUGGCGCCUGUCCUCCCGUUUUGAUUAUUCUCUUCCGGUUGUGUCUGCCGGAGACCAAUACAUUCCUUCAGCGGCAGGCUACUCGAGAAAACGUUCGAGGUGGAGUAGCGUCAUCCUUCAUCUCAGAAGGUAAAACAGCUCUGAAGCGGCAUUGGUUGCUCCUUAUUUAUCUCGUUUUGCUGAUGGCGGGUUUCAACUUCAUGUCGCACGGAUCACAAGACCUGUAUCCAACCCUCUUGAAAAGCGAGUUUAGCUUCUCUGCCAACGCAGUGACCGUUACUCAGGUUGUUGCCAACCUAGGAGCCCUCACUGGUGGGACACUCUGCGGGUGGGCAAGUCAGAUCUUUGGGCGUCGGUUUUCUAUCAUCGUGAUCAGCAUCGUCGGUGGUGCGCUUCUAUAUCCCUACACCUUCGUCACCUCAACCGACGUCAUGGCCGCAGCGUUCUUUGAGCAGUUUUGCGUGCAGGGCGCGUGGGGAGUGAUCCCCAUCCAUUUGAUGGAGCUGUCUCCGGGAGCAAUUCGCACCUUCACGGUGGGAACGGCCUACCAGUUGGGCAACCUGGUCUCGUCGGCCAGUUCCACGAUUGAAUCCACGAUCGGCGAGCGCUUCCCCCUGCCACCCACUAAGACGGAAAAACAUCGAUACCAGUAUGGGAAAGUCAUCUGUAUCUUCAUGGGUUGUGUGUACGCCUACACAAUUAUAGUGACCUUCCUAGGGCCGGAGCGCCUGGGCCGCCAAUUCGAUGUUGCGCAUGAUACUGAUAUGGCGGAGGUGGCCGCACAUCGUGGGACGACUACGGUGGGGAAAGGCGCCGAGAGCGACGUGGAGAAAGGCACUGUCUCUCGGAUUGAAGGAUAGUUACUGCAUGUUGGGACUGCAUAUACAUAAUUGGUUCGACAGUUGUAGACAGAUAGUUGAAG